UACAUUUAUUUACAAAUACAAAAUGUAAAAAAUAUAUAUUUGUGGGGUGGGGGUGGGCCUGCUGUAUUUGAUACAUAAUGCAUGUGUAAUACUACUUAAUCUGCAUUUUAUUUCACGAUGCUACAUGUCGAGGAUUUCCAGAAGAGAACCUGUCCUGUUUACAUGUCACACAUGGCCUGCUCCGCCCCUCCCCCGUUUCGACUUUACUGAACCCCCCUGCCAAAAUAUGUGAAAGUCAAUCCAAGCGAGUGUUAUUUAAAACUGGUCACCAUCGCGGCAGGGGUACUGAACAGCUCCAAUGAACCCAGCGCGGAUCCACCCUUUAGUGCGAGAAAACAACUAUUCUCUGCACAAACUCCGGGAGUUUAUUUGAUUUUCGUCCAGUCUGUUGAGAUGUCACUCCCAGUGGUGCUGCCGGGGUCUUGCUGUCCGGUUACCGGGGCUUCGCAGCUCGUAGAGCCGUCUUACCGAAACCGACCCCGUGGAUUGUCCGCCUCUUCUCGGAUCGCGGGCAGCGGAUCUCGCCUGCUGCUGCCCGGGCGGCCGCUGCUCUCCCUGGGCUUGUUGCAGCUGCUGCUGGGCGGCUCCAUGGUGGCGCUGUCCUUUGGAGCUCUGUCCCUCAGCAACUCGCCUCCCAUUCGAAACUCCUGUCCCUUCUGGGCAGGCUCCUCGGUCAUUCUGUCAGGCAUUGUAGGCCUUACAACAUGGAGGAGGCCCAUGCUUCUACUGGUCAAUGUAUUUGUCCUGCUGUCUGUGGUGUGUGUGCUCCUUAAUCUGGCUGGAUUCAUCCUGUGCUGCCAGGGAGCCCAGCUGGUUUCCAGUAUGACCAGCUGCCAACUGAGUGAGGCUGGAGAUGUAUGUUAUUGCUGCUCACUCUCCCCCAGCUCCAAAUGUCCCGAGGGGAAGCUGCUGGAGCUCCACCCUGCUCACUCAUGCAGCACCAUGAGGAUGCUGCUCAAGAAAGUGCUGUUUGCACUGUGUGCUCUGAACGCUCUGACCACAGCUGUGUGCCUUAUGGCAGCUGCCCUGAGAUACCUGCAGAUCUUCACCGCAAGAACGCCCUGUAUGGAUGAGCCCAGGGCAACACUAGAAGAAGGAAGGCAGGAGCCUGCUCAGGUCCCGGAUCCAGAUGAAUUCGUGGCCCCAGCCCCUCCCCCUUCUUACUUCUCCACUUUCUACUCAUACACACCACGCCUUGCUCGCCGGAUGCUCGGGGACAGCGUGAUUCCUCUCCCUCAUAUCUACGGGGCUCGGAUCAAAGGGGUGGAGGUCUUCUGUCCGUUAGACCCCCCACCUCCGUAUGAGGCUGUUGCUGGAACCUCCACCGAUGCAGUCGCACAGGACACAGAGAUCGCUCUGAGAGAGGUGACGAUGAGCCCAACUGCCUCUUCACCAGGAGCCUCAGAUGCAGGUAUGCCAGACACGAGUCCCCAGAUGGUAUCGGCAUCAUCAGAUGUCCUUCCACAGGCCAAACCCCAGCAUCCUCCUCUUCCUCAGCAGCAGCAGCAGGUUCCAGGUCUGAUUCCCCGGAGGAAAGCAAGGAUCCACCGCUCCAACAGUGACCCAGUACUCCUGGACCUUGUUGCUAAAGUGCAGAGCAGCAGCGACGCUCCCCUCGCCCCCUCGCCUCAGACCACAGAUUCCUCCACCCAGACGUCACAGCCCACGCUGGCCGCCCAAGGCCAUGUCACACUGCGAAGGGGCAACAACGACAGGACGCCCCGCCGACCCCGGCCCUCCUCCAUGGUGGACUACCAGAGUUACCGACACACACAGCAGCUGGUCAGGAAAAUCCUGGAGCAGCCUGCAGCCCAGGGUCUGGCCCCCGAGGUCCAGGAGCUAGUGGACAGCAUCCGAACUGUCCUACAGUCAGAUCAGGAGCACAUGGAGGAGGCUGUACGCUGUGCCAGUUAUAUAGAGCAGGUGUUCACUGACUCAGAGAUGGGUCCCAGACAGCCUAAACCUCACCAGCAGCAGCAGCAGCAGCAGCAGCAGCAACAGGCGGCGGGCACUACAUCCCAGACUUUCCCUCGCCCCCGCAGGAGACGGCCUGGUCUUCUGCACCUACAGAGCUGUGGGGACCUCAGCUCCUUCACCUGUGCUGCACUCGAGUCUGUGGAACAUCGAGGAAACAGUAGAAAAGUGGUGUCAAGGGCAGGCUCUAGAGCAGGGUCAAGGACUGGGUCCCGCCAAGAUCAUCCUGAACGGCCUCACAGUCUGAUUGGAGUUUUUAGGGAGACGGUACUUUGACGGAAAACUAGUGGCAAUGAAAUACGUUGGAGGGAAAACACAGCUGGUUGCUGCCUUAUCUGUUGUUAAACUUUGAGAGCAAACUAUUGAAGUGUGUGUGUGAGUGUAUGUGUGUAUGAGUGCAGUUUUUAAAAAGAUUUUUGUUUGCUAAUACUGUUUUUAUGACAACUUACUUGUGAAAUACCAAAAAUGCAGGCACUUUGUACUGAAACUUGGUACUCCAAUGUAUCCAAUGUUUUGUAUGCUUUCUAAGCAGUUAUUGAGAUUUUAACAUUGUAAUAAGCUUGCUCCAGUCACUCAAUACAGCUGUACUUGAAAACAGAUCUGGCAUGUAUCUUGUGUUUAAUGGUCAGGUGCUCUGGCUUUAACAUUUUCAGAUGUUGAUAAAACAGAUAUGCUUUAUUUUAUGCGUCUGUAGUUUCUUAGUCAAGUUUCUUGGAAAGACAUUUGGUACUAAUUAGAAUAUGAGGAAAACAGGAACGGUAAGAACAGUAAACAUCCAUCUGUUAUUCAUGUAUUAUAUGAAAUUUGUUGAAUUUUUGUCUGUAGACAGAUUUAGUUUUUACCUGCUGUGCAUUGAAUAGAAUAAUAAAUAUUAUAAAAAAUUCA